GGAUAAGGGAGGAGGUGGAGGGAACGGGACAAUGGUGGAGGUUGAAGGGUUGAUGGAUGUGGUAGUAGAGGUGGUAGGAGUGGAGGAGGUCGGCGAGGGGGUGUUGCUGGAGGCGGCUGUGGAGGAGGGAGUGGUUUGCACUGUGGAGGUUGGAGUGGUUUGCGCUGUGGAGGAGGGAGUGGUUUGCAAGGUGGUGACGACCGUGAUGAAGGGGAUGGUCCCUUUGAUCGUGGUGACGCGGUCGCAUAUGGAUGAUAUGUUGGCCUUUAUGUCGUUGAGAGAGGCGGUGACGGAGGUUCGGAGGGUGUUGAGUGCGUGGAGGAUGGCGGAGAGGUCGAGGGUGGCGGUGUUUACUGGUGGUUGUUCGCCUGCGAGGUUGCGGGCGAUGCUAUCAACUGAGUCGGUGCGGAUGUCAGACAUGUUGAUGGAGGAUGCGGCCAUGUCAGGGGAAGAGGGGAAGGAGGACGUGGUCUGAACGGGUGUGGAGGAUGCCGCAGCAACGGUGGCGGCGGCAGCAGCGGCGGCGUCGGCGGCGACACGUUGGGAGUUCUUUGUUCGGCGUGGUGGCAUGUGGAGGGUAAGGGGGGAAUCCCUUAUUUAUUUAUCAAUAAAUUCAAAAAUAAAGAUAAUCGCCAAGUUUUUUUCAUAAAAAAUAUAAAUAAAAUAAAUCAAUAAAUAAAUAAAAAUAAAAUAAAAUAAAAUAAAUGCUGAACAGAAAG